AUGGAGUUUACCUGCGGCUAAUGGUAGCGGUCAAACAUUCGGAGGUGAAUCACAUGUUGGCGUCUCCAAUGGUCAUCUGAAUCCAAUGUUGAGAAAACCCACAUUAAAAAAAAAAAAGGAGUCAGGAGUUGUAAGAAGACUGAUCGCUGGGAGGUUUAAGCCGAAGUUGUGCUAUUCUGGUCCUCCAGGUCAUGAGGGUCUUCCAUUAGUUCUCCUUUCGGCUGUUGGCAAAUAGACAAGAAUUUGUUGUUGUCUUAAAACCUUGAGAGAUUACAGUGGGACUACGGGAUGCUGAGGAUGGCGAGCUGUUCUGCUGACGUUAUUGCUUGACUUCUGGAGAUAUAAAUGAACUGACAGAAUAUAAAAGAUCCCUGGACGAGACCUAUGUUGACGUAGCUGGUUAUUCAAAUUGCCCCAGGACUUCUGUUGCCAAGAUGAGGAUUAGCCGCAGAUAUGAGACUGUUGCCCUCUUCCUAGUUGGCUUUGUGUGUCUUGCGAUUCUCCUAUUUACCGAUAACUUUGACAGUCUGUCGGGUUUUCAUGACGAACAGUCACCUCCGCUGCAGAAUGAAAGGCUGCUGGCCAACGAUACCCUUGAUGGGCCUCCCAUAAUCUUCCAAGAGAUUCCUAAAUGCACAGAGAACAUGUCUUCGGCAAACAUCUCUGGAUUCUCCCAGCUUCCCAAUCAUAUCAAGGAUUUUUUACGCUACCGUCAUUGUCGCCAUUUCCCCAUUUUAAUUGACGCCCCCGAGAAGUGUGGCAAGACACCCAAAGACUCUUCCAACGUUUUCCUCCUGCUCAUGAUUAAGUCCUCGCCAUUGAACUACGAUAGGCGGGAGGUGAUCCGAAAGACUUGGGGCAGAGAACGAUUAGAAGAUGGCGUCUGGAUUCGUAGGAUCUUUGUCUCCGGUGUCUCGGGAAAUGAAGUGGAUGCCCACAGGUAUGGCUCGCUUUUACAAAUAGAGAGCCUGGAACACAACGACAUUUUGCAGUUUGACUUUAUCGACUCCUUCUACAACCUCACGCUGAAGCAGAUUCUGUUCCUACAGUGGAUGGAAUUGCGGUGCCCUCACAUCCACUUCCUCCUCAAUGGGGACGACGAUAUUUUUGCCAAUACUGACAAUAUGGUAGAGUUUCUGAAAGGCCAGAAGGAGAAUGACGGGGACAAACAUCUCUUCACCGGCCACUUGAUUAGUCACGUUGGCCCCAUUCGAGAAGUCCACAGUAAAUAUUACAUUCCCGUGCAAGUCCAAGAAUCCAAUUCUUAUCCUCCAUACUGUGGUGGCGGUGGUUUCCUCCUGUCCAGGUUUACAGCCAAGACGAUCCACAAUAUGUCGCAUGGGAUCGAGUUAUUACCCAUCGAUGACGUGUACAUGGGCAUGUGCUUACAAAAGGCGGCUUUAAAGCCCACAUCCCAUAACGGGGUCAAAACUGCGGGCUUCCAUGUUCCUUCUCAGACCCUUGACGCCUUUGAUCCCUGCUACUACCGUGAACUGCUUUUAGUACACCGAUUCCUGCCCCACCAGACUGCUGUCAUGUGGGCUAAAAUCCACAAUCCUCAUGUCAAGUGUGGCAUCUCGGUGACCCACGAGCUUCCCAAAUGACGUUCCACAGUGGUGCAACUCGAAAGUGCUGAUUAGUGAAGUGCGUGGACUGUUUAAUUUCUACUGUAAUAAAUUUCCCAAAAGGCUUCUGCUCUCAGGAAUCAAUGCCAUGAUGUGUAUCUGAGGCCCUCCGCUAUCAAAACUUGGAAUCACUUUUUGAGUUCAUAGAAGUUAACUCUUGAAACCAAACUGAGCUUUGGUCCCUGGUCCAAUCUGUGAAACUUUCACACCGUGCAAUAUAAUUAUUAUUUUUUUUUUUUUCAUCUGGGUGGUCUCAACUUUUGGUGGCAGAAUUGUGGAAGAAGAGCUUCUGUGGGUGCCCUGUGGUGUUGAAAUUCUGAAUGUAGCCCGGAGUAUGGGGGUGGAAGGGGUAAUGAUUACCCAGGACCCACUAGGAUUGGAUUAGUCGGAGCCUGGACUUGUUUUUGAGAGGAUGGGGGCCCACAGAGACUGUAUCUAUAUUGGGCCCAGUGCUCUGUGAUACACCCCUGGCCGGAGUUUUGACAAAAUAAAACGAUCAAAAGACAAAAGAAAACAUUUUUUUAUUUUAUUCUGUAUUUCAUCACAUAUGUUUGCAGCUGGCACUUUAAGUCUAAUGAGUAAGUGAAGUUUACAUUUUGCCUUACUGCAGCCUGGAGAUGAUGUGGGUGGAUCAUGGGGGGUGUAAUAUGUCCGUCAUAUUUGAUUUUAGCGAAUCACGUUGUUGCUCGCACACAUCAAUCAAUCAAUCAAAAGUUUGUUUUUUAAAGCCACUAAUCAUAAAUGAUAGUUGUAAAAAUUGUUUGUGUAAUCGCAAUUACUACACUCAAUAGUUACUGUUCCAUAAGAUUUUGGCACUGGUAUGCUGCAGUCAAAGGCGUAUCUUAAGAUAUAGCACUCCAUCUUGUGUAUUGUCUACCUCAGUGAAAGGACAGGCAUCUGUCUGUGUGUCCAUUUUGACUGCGUAGGUCUCUGUCAAUCCAACAGGUGGCAGCAUUUUAUAACAUUUUUAGUAAUGAAAUGCGUUGCACUUAUCAUUCAAACAGAUGGCAUGUCACAAACCUUUGUAGUAAUAAAACAAAUUGCAUUUGAUCAUUCCAACUGGUGGUGCAUCACAAACUCAAUAAAAUGCAUUGCAUUUGAUCAUUUCAACAGGUGGUGCAUCACAAACAUUUUUAGUAAUAAAAUGCAUUACAUUUUCCACUCACAGAUGAUGCAUCACAAACAUUUGUAGUUAUAAAGUGCAUUACAUUUGACCAUUCCAGCAGGUGGUGCAUCAUAGACAUUUUUAGUAAUAAAAUGCAUUGCAUUUGACCAUUCCAACAGAUGACGCAUCACAAACAUUUGUAGUUAUAAAAUGCAUUUCAUUUGACCAUUCCAGCAGGUGGUGCAUCACCGACAUUUUUAGUAAUAAAAUGCAUUACAUUUUCCACUCACAGAUGAUGCAUCACAAACAUUUGUAGUUAUAAAGUGCAUUACAUUUGACCAUUCCAGCAGGUGGUGCAUCAUAGACAUUUUUAGUAAUAAAAUGCAUUGCAUUUGACCAUUCCAACAGAUGACGCAUCACAAACAU